CUCCCUCCCUCUUGCUUCUCCUCCCUCCAUUGCCCCCCUCUCUGCCCCCCUUCGUACCCUUCACGCCAGCACGCGAGCCAGUUCGCCGCCGAUCCGGGUGCACUCCCUUCCGAGAUGGCGGCUCCUCGCACAAAUCCCGGGCGGUCUGGCUCUCUGACGCGCCCGGCCGAUGACCACUCGGCCCCAUUUGCCUCGUUGGCAUCGAAAAUGCGCCAGCUCCACUUUGCCCUGACAUCGUCCGGCAUUGCGGAGCAGGCCCAUUUGGAGCAGAACCUCCUGGAGGUGGUUGGUUAUUUCGCCUCGCGCCGGGCCGCCGGCGAUACCAGCCAUUCGACGGCCUUCCUGGCCGCAGUGGCCACCACCACCGACCUGAAUGGCACCCCGGGCGCUGGGUCGAACGCUGAUGCCGGUUCCCGGCCCUCCAACUCGAUGAUGCUCAUUCAACUCUGCCGUGGCGUGGUCAUCCUCCUGACGGACUACCUCGACUCCGGUCCUGGAACUACUGGUCCUGCACCCGGGUCGAUUGCCGGGGCCGACGGCUUCCCCACCUCGGCCGGUAACCCCCCCAAGCCUCGGGAAUCCGAUCGGGCGCUACUCAUGGAAUCCCUCGACCUGGCGGUGUCAUGCCUACUUCGUGCUCAUCGCUCAGAGGACAUCUCUGUCCGGCUGGCCGCCACCCAAUGUCUCUCCAUCCUUGGGCGUCGCCUCUCCCAGACAUAUACGGUUUCCUUCUUGACCACCCUGAUCAAGGAAUUCCGCCGGACUUCCCCCUCUCGCAUGGCCCGUGCCAUCCUCAGCCUGCUGUCCUCCAUCCUUUGGACCAUCGACCCGAUGCCGAUUACCAGCCUCUCCGACGCGUCAAACUUCCUGCUGGAGCACUCCCCCAUCAAUCCUCGCCCCCCGGCGCCGAAUCGUCCACGCCCUCCGCCCAGCCUUACCUUCCGAACGGCCUCCAUGAUUACCCCGCAGCUGAUUCGCUUCUUCUCCCUCACCUCGGACACAGCUCUCCAAGAGACCCUCGGCUCGGCCGGACCAAGCAUCUUUGCCUUCUUCCGUGGCUACUUCUCGAUGAUCCCCUGCCCUACGCGCUUUGCCCUUCGCCCGGCAGCCAGCGCCGGCUCCGAGCCCGAGGAGGAGGUUGCCACCCAGCUCGCGGCCAGCGCGCAACCGGUCUCCUGCAUGCCACUCCUGAGUGCCCUCACCCAGUCGCUUUUCCUGUCGUCAGCCAAUCCGGCGGUCUUGCGCACGGCCGUCGAUUCGUUGGCGGCCUUUGCCUUGGCGGCAUCCUUCCUGCCGGAAGAUCACCCCCAGAUGCCGACCUGCGGCGGAUGGUCCCCGGUCGCUUGCUCUACCGGGCGCCUGGUUGACAUCCUCCUGGAGUCCUGCCUGCCAAUGCUGGAUGGGCAUAUCCUUGGCGUGCUGUUGCCUGACUCCCCGGCUGCCGAGAAGGAUCCCCUGCCCGAGUAUGUGACUCGGGCUCUCCAUCCGGAUGAUGGAUCAGCCGAUCGCCUGACUAUUGGCUGCUUGGACCUGCUGGCCGCCAGCCCGAGCAGUCCGCCAGAUAGCCCCGCCGACUCGGCGGCUUCCACCGCCUCCAGUGCCAGCGUGGCCGUGAUUAGCUCGCACUUGCGCGCGGUGCGCGCCGUUGUCGACAUCGGAGCGGCUUCAAUCGUGGCCGCCCUCGAGUGUGGUGCCUCGGCCGAUGCUCUGGCCCUCGGGGCUUCUCCCCCUUCGGAUGAUGGGCAAAUCCUCACUUGGCUCCGCCUGGUCGGCGUCCAGGCCGGUGCCGAUCCGACCGAAUGCCAAUGGCCACGACGCCUGGCGGCCCUCUUGCGCCUGGCGCAAGGCCUGUUGAUGGAUUUGCGCCUGGCCUCCGCGGCUCUGGAUCUCCUGCUCACAAUCUUGUCCCUGCUGGCGGUGCUGGAUCCCGCCGGAGCGCCAGCCCGCACGGCUCUGACCGCCUGGCAGGGGGCUCCCCUCGGCCCGGGGCUCCUGGCUCGACGCUUGGCACAAUUGGCCGGGGCCGAUGCACCAGGGACCUUCAUCUCCGUGGGUGUCGAUCGUCCGGUGGUUCGGUUCCCUCGACUCCCGGUGCCGGCUCGUGUGCGAGCUCUCCAAUGCCUGGCGACCCUCGCGGCACGGUGGCCCACAGACACCCUGGGCGGAGCCCCGGACGGAGCCCCUCCCCUGGCACUCCUUCGGCCGAUGCUGGGAGUCGGUGAUCCCCUGCUGGUGGGGCGCCUGUGCACGGUGUACGGCGCCGCCCUGACCGGCCAGUUGGCCGUCCUGUCCGAGCGGUACACCGCCGCCGGGAGCACCGGCAUUGCCGCUCUCCCGGCCUGGAUCGAGCCGGUCGGAGUCUUCCUAUCGACGGCCGCACGCGGUCUUGCCAAUGCCGGCUUCUCUGGGGCCGGGACACUGCCGGCGUGGCUCGACCCCGGCCCAAUCGGCGCCGGGAACUUGGCCGAAUCCUUGGCGGACCCGGUCUGUCAGCGCUUGGUGUUGGCUGCCUGUGGCCGGGCCACGCGUGCCAUUCUCCGGACUCUGGCCGUCCUCGGGCCUACCUCGACCGUUUCUUCCCCGCCGGACACCAUUCAUCGGGUGCUCCUGAGCCUGCUGCUCCAUUUGCUCGCCUCGGCCAUUUGGGUGUUGGAUGCCUCCUCCGAUCAGGGCACCUACUGGCUUGUGAUCAGCGAGGCGGUCGACCUUCUCAGCCGCAUGGACUGGGGCCUUCUUGGAGUCCUCCUUCCGGACCACCUGUCAGAAGUGGAGCAGCUGAAUGAACGCGCUCUGACGGCUCUGCUCCGGUUGCACUUGCGAGCCCCGCGCGCGCGUGGGGCCACCCCUCGCCAUCGCGCCAUCCUCCAGGUUGGCAUCUUUGUCCAUGUGUCAGCCGGCCAGACUGCCCAGCUGGAUGGCCAUGCCCCCCUGCAGGAGACCCUUCUUCGUCAGUACCAGCACCGCGCCGGGGCUUUGGUGGCCGGACUGCUGGCCCAGGUGCAAGAUCGCCGAGUGGAAGACGGCCCGCGCGAGUCAGCCGGGCUCUUCCUCCGCCUGGUGGAUCUGUUGCUGAGCCUGGCCACCGCGGUGCCAGCCGGCCCGGGGGCUCCCGAUGAGCCCACCCCCCCGGCUGCCGGUCGGUCGCCGCACCUCCCUCCUGGCCUGGGGCACUCCCUCUGGCGGGGGACCCUGGCUUCGAUGGCACGUCAUGGCCGAUGCCUUCGUGCCAGUGGUCCUCUCGCCGGGCAGCCGAUUUCCCCCGGGGUGACGCCGCUUGCGGUGCACCUGUCACCAUUGGCCGAUGAGUCGCCGAUUUUGGCCACCGGCGAUCGGGCCCUCCUCCGCGCGCUGGCAGCUCUGCACGAUGACCCGAGCCUGGCCAGCUUUGGGCAAAACACGGCCGAGGGCCUCCCGCUGUUGUCCUCCGGCGUGGCAUCUGGCCUUGGGGCGGCCGGCGCCGCGGCCGACGCCGACGCCGACCCGCCGCUGGCUUUCCAUCCGGCCUUCCUUCGUGCCCUGCCGGCCAUCUUCGCCGACAUCGCCCCGGGCCAGUCGGCCUCCUUCCUGGCGUGUCCACCUCCUGGCGCCGACCCGACGGCCACCCGCACCCUGGCGCACUUCUGCCUCAGCCUGCUUGCCGGGUCGCUGCAGGCGGAUUUGGCCGUGUCAGCUUUCGGGUCGUCCCUCCGAUCGGCCGACGGCGUCAUGUCCGACGGCCCGGUUCUGGCCGUCACUCUCAGCCUGGAAGACCAUGUGGCCCUGAUGCGCCUGCUGCUGGCUCUCUCGGCUGGGGGCUUGCGCCGGGUUGGGAGUUCGGCUCUUCGGGAUCUUCCCUCACGGACGUGGCUUUGGCCCUUCUUCCGGUACUGCGUGCACCUGCUGCGUGCGGCGGCGGAUGUCAUCCGCGAGCCGCUGUCCACUUCGGUCAUCCAGCCAGGGGGCAAUGGCUCGACCGGGGGCCCUGCCACCGGAUCGGGGGCCAACGCCGCCGGGGCUUCGGCGGCCGGUGGCAUCGGUACCACUGGCUCCUCGGUCCCGGCCUCCAGCCAGGUGACCUAUGCCAUGGGCCCGGGAGCCAUGCAUCCCGGGGCCGGCCCCACCUCCUCCCUGUUAUUGGUACACUCGUAUCAGGCUCAUGGCGGUGCGGUGGGCACCGGGCUUGGUGGUGUGUCGCUCCCGACCCUGGCCCCGGUGAAUGCCACCGGGCUACCGGGGGCCCCGGUUCCCCCUGGCGGGCUGACGGUUCCCGGUGCCAUCUCCUCCCUGGCGGCGUAUCAUGGCUAUGGCCAGGCUGCCGGGUCGAUCGCCAUCGGCAACACCUCGUCCGGGUCUUGGCCUGAGGUGCCGGUGUCCUUUUCGGCCGGGAUUCCAGCGGCCGAGGCGUCUCUCCGGCUGUCGUUCGCGGAUUCCGAGCAGAUGCCCAUCCAGUCGCCCCCGCUGUUGGCCGUCCCGCUGGCCGGCGGACCGGGGUCCCUGCCGCCAUUGCCGACGGCCUCGGGCAGCGGUGGGUCUGCUGGCAGUGGACCCGCCGGCGCCAGCGGCGGCUCCAUUCCCCCACGGGCGGCAGCCUCGUCGCUGGAAACCCACCGACGCCUGUCGCAGUCCAUCGCCGCGGCCUAUCGCACCUGGUAUGCGAAGUUCAUCCCUGCCGCCGGACGGACGGCCGGCCUGGAAGACGCGCGCGAUCCCUUCCUGCACUUGGUGACCACGGUGGCCGGCUGUCUGUCGUGCCUGAUUCCGGAGCUCCUGUGCGAGCAGGAACGCCUGCGAGAGCAGGAGCACCGCCGUCGCCAGCACCACCGGUCGGCGGCAGCUGGCGACAGGCGCGCCGACUCGACUCAGCGCCCGGCCCCCACGGCGCCUGGCAGCCCGGCCGAAGAUAUUUCCCUCUACUCGCGGUCACUGCUGUCCGAUGCGCAGAGUCUCGCACGCAUUGCCCCGGCCGCCUGCGGGUCUGUCAUUUCCGUGCUCUUGGCCAUGGCCAGCAGCCCGGGACCCGGCUCGCGCGGGUCCGCCUCCGGCAGCCCGGCCGAUGGGGCCACGCCGGAGUUGGCCCUCGGCCGGCGUACCGCCGCCAUGUAUCUUCCCCCCUCGGCCAGGUCGGCCUUCAUGGCCAUGACCGCUGCCGGUCAGCCGCUUUACUUCGAGGGCAUCUUCGAUUCGGCUCUCCCCAGCGGCGGGGCCGCGGCUGCCCUGCAAGGGGUUUUGCAAGCGGCCGAAGCCCAGGCCGGCGCCUCUGCCAUUCGGCAUUUGGCUUUGGACCCGGAUGAUCGCAUGGAUUUGGUCCCCUAUGCCGGGGGUGUGGACAUCGGGUCCUUCGAAAAGGUCAUCGUGCAGUUCAUGCACAUCUUCCCCCAAUUGGGAUCCUUCCGCCGGGGCCCGGAGCUGGCCACGCCUCGGCGUGUGUCGCUGCUGCUCGUGCGCCAGGCCCUGCGCGCCCGGGUGGACAUCAUCAAUCCGGCCUUCGCCGACGCCCUGCUGGUGGAGCUCCACAAGUUGGGCCUCGUGUCAGCGGCCGGCUGGCUGACCGGCUGGCGCGGCCCGGUCCUGCUGUCCGGCGACCGGGUGACCGGUCUUCAUUGGAGCCCGGCUGACGCGGCGGCCGGCCUGGCCGCCUGCCUGGCCGAGCUAACCUGUACGCUGCUUGCUCUGGGCCGGUACUGUUCCGUGGGGAAUCUCCGACCGGAGUCCAUCAUUCAAGCCCUGGAGCUGGCAUUGCAGCCACUUCGCCCGGCCACCGGGGAUUGGAAGACCGGCCUGGCGCCAGGUGGCCUGGCUGGCGCUCUCUGCCCGGGGGACACCUGCCGUGCCACCGCCGGCGACGCGGGCUCCGGGGCCUGGUGCGCUGCCCUGUUUGCCACCCUGCUGCCGGUUUACUCGCUAUAUCUGCUGCUGCUGUCAAGCAGUCCGGACACCUGGCCCGGGGGGUGGGCUCGGCCGGUCGGCGGGGCCGCCGACACGACCGUUCCCCAGGAUGCGGUCUUUCCCUUUGGCUCGCUGGUUCGCCUGCGCGAGGUCUGCCGGCAGAUGUUGUCCCUCUGCACAUGCUCCAUCGGGGCUGGGGCCCUGUUGUAUUUGGCGGACUUGCCGCUGCCCGCCCGGCCGCGGUUGGAGGAAAUCCGCCAAGCCAGCACGGCCGCCAGGCAGCUCGACCCCUCCGGCCAGCUGGAGCCCAGCUUCUCCCUGGUUGAGGCGAGCCAGUGGUUCCUCCGUGCAAUUAGACCCCCCUCCGACGGGUCGGUUGGCAUGAUGUCGGCCGCGUCCGAGCGCGCCGCCUGGCGUGACACCAUGCUGCGCCUGGGCCGGUUGUGCUUCGGCCGGACGGCCCCGGCCCCGCUGGCGGAUGCCUGGCGCUCGGCCGUGCGCACUGGGGCCCAGGAUUCCGCGCAUGUGCUUUCCGAGCUUCUGGCCGAGGCCGUGGACGCCGGGCAUCGGCUGGACCUUGCCAGUGCCCAGGGCCCGGCCGCUGCUGCUGCUGCUGCUGCUGCUGCUGCUGAUGCUCCCGGCUCGGCCGAUGCACAUGGCCGCCCCUCAUUUGCCUGGUGGUUGCUGAUGGCCGCGCAGGCCGGUGUGGAUGUCGGCGUUCUGCGGCGAUUGGCCGCCAAACACCCGAAUCCCGGCGGCCUGUCCUCGUCGAUGGACCACGCGGCUGCCAAGCAAGCCUGUCGCGCCAUCUUGGCCAGAGCCGGUCCGGCCACCGGCUCGCCACUUGUACACUGGGCCAGAUUGGCAGCACAUGCUGGCAUCCCCCUGGGCCAGGCCAUGCGCAUUCUGGCAGCCGAGGCUGGCAAGCGUCCCGGGACACACUGGCUCCUGAUGCUGCGUGCCUGGCUGCGCGAGGCACGGUCCCGACUCCUGCUCGAGGGCGGUCCCCUGAACUUGCCGAGCACCGCCUCUUACUCGGAUGUGGCGGCCCUUUUGACGCGUGACCACAUUGGCGAGGAGGCGCCCCUGCUGGCGGCCCUGUCGACCGCCUGGGCCACGGCCCCCGAGCAGGCCCCCUGCCCAGCUACUUGCGAGGCUGUGACCUUGCUCCUGCGGCUUCGCCCUGGCGCCGGGAUGGUCACUGCCGAUGCGCGUCUUGACCAGCUGCUGGCACUGAGCUUCCUGCCAUCGGUGGACCUUGUCGCCGUGAUGGAUGCCAUGCUGCCCGGGGAGGGUGCCCCUCCUGACCCGGCGGCCGGCUUGGCCACCCUGCUAGCCACCAGCUUCGGCCCAUUCCACCGCACCCUCAAGGCCCACUAUCAGGCGCGAGCCUCCGACUCGGCUUGCCCGGAGCCCGGGCCGGUUGUCCCCCUGCUCGAGGCGGCUCUUCACCUUCGGCAGACGCUUGGUGGCCGUCUGCCUGGCGAGCGUUCGGCUCUUUGUGCUGAUAUGGACGCCCGGCUGGCGGCUCGGCUGCCCGGGCCCAAGCCCUCGCCGGGCACUGCGGCCCAGGCGGCCAGCUCGCCCCAGGCCGCGAGCCUGCUGAGUGCGCGCCCCUGCAUGGCGGCCAGCUUGGGCACUUCGGCCGCCUGCCAGCUGUCCGACCCGGACCCCGCCUGUGGGCUGUGUCUCGGUGGCCGCGCCAGUACCAUGGUCCGGCGGCUGCUUGGCAGCACUCCCCAGGCGGAUGCGGCCCUGGACUUGACUCUGUUGCAUGUGGCCCUGCUCCAGGGCAGCCGUGACGCCCUGCACCCCGCGCGCAAUGUGCUCCCGGAUGUCGACGGCCCCGGCGCCAGCAUUCCCCUCUGGCUACGGGCGGCCCUGCAGCGUCUCCUCGAGGCGGUGGCCCUGUUCAAUGAGGGCGCCACAAGCUUGGCGGCAGCGGCCCCGGCCGGCCAGCUGGCCGCGCAGUUGCAUGAUGUCCUGCGAGACCCGGUGCUUGGUCGCCUCAUCGACCGGGUGAUCAGCCUGCUCGGGGCCAUGCUGCACCUGUUCCCUGGCUGGUGGACGGCCCACGAGCGGGCCAGCUGCCUGCGCUUCUGUGCAACCUUCUCCUUGGGACCGGCUUCCGGGCCGGUUGACCUGGCCUCCGCCGGGCAAUCACUGCUCCUGGGCAGUCUGCUUGUGGCAACCGCCUGUGCGGACCACUCGGCUGGCGACCUGGACGCCGGGCAUCUGGGCAACAGCUUCUACCUGGACACUUCCAUGCGAGCCUUCAGCCAGGCUGGCCGGCGCUUGUGCCCGGAAUUGGCCACCCAUCUGCCGGCCCUGGAGCUCCCCCCUGUGGGGGACCUGCUGGGGAGGCGCUUUGCCAAUGCCCUGGCCCCCCUGCACCGGGACCGGGCCUGGCUCGGCGGCCUGGCAGCCGCCUGCUAUGUGGCAUAUGGUGCGGAUGCCGGCGUGGCCGGUCUCGGCCAGGCGACAAGCUCGCCCCUGGCCGGGGCGCACCCCCUCUCCCGGCGCCUGUUGGCCGGGUGUGCACGCUGGGCCAGCCCGGCCCUCGUGGCCCUGAUCCUCGGGCUGGGCCAUGUCCCUCAGUUUGGACUGGCCAUGGACGACAUGCCCGGCUCUGCCACCGGGUCGGACUACAUUCGCGCCUGGCACCCGGCCAACAUCGCGCAAACCGCCUCGGAGCUGGGCCCGGCCGCCAUGUAUGACGAGCCGUCGGCCAUGGUCGGCGGCGAUGAAGCCGGCCCCGGGGGCUCGGACCAUCAGGAUCCGGCCGCGGGGCUGCCCUUCCUCCCUCGAGGGGCUCGUGUCCCUGUGGAUAACCCUUCCUUCCGGGGGCUGGCGCGCCUGCGAGCCCUGUCCGCGGUCUUUGCCCUGGCCGGCACGGCCGGCCCACUGCCCGGGCGUCUGUCGGCACUGGCCACCGGCAGGUCGGUGCCGGGUGGGGCGGAUACCGGUCGCCGGGGAUCGGCCCUCGCCGAUGCGCCAGCCGGCCUGCUGGUAUUGGAUUCGCCUCCGCGCAGUCCGAUCUCCGGGCCCACCACCCCGGCGUCCGCCCCGCCGAGGGUGUCCCAAGGCGACCGUGAUCUCGGUGACUUGGCCACCGGGCUGGAGGCGUUGCAGCUGGCCCCCGGGGAUUCACAGCCGGCGGUCUGUUUCUCCGAUUCCGAUGACCUGGGCACCGUGCCUCUCGCCGUCGGGUCGGACCUGGAUCUGGCCAUGUCACCUGAUGGGUCGACUGGCGCGCGGCAACUGCUCCUUGGCAUGCGUCCGGCCGUGGGGGCCCCCUCGGACACCGGCGACCUGGCGGCCGAUGAUGCCUCCGAUGUCGGUCCGCUCGAAUCCCCGGUCCUGGGGCGGCUGUCCGAGUCGCUGGACGCGCCGCGGCGCUCCUCGGCCGGCGCCUCGGCCUCCUACUGGAUGGACAUGGUCGAGCGUCGGCGCGCUGAUGAUGUGACAGGUGUAUCUCCACCGGGGGUGGCAUCUAGCGACAGCGUCCCGGCUGCCGGCACUCCUCCUGCCGGUGGCGCUUCCCGAGCGACGGGCACUUCGCCUGGCGCCCAUGGCGCCUCCACCACCAGCAACGCCCCCGGCACCAGCGCCUCCCAGGUUGACCUUUGCCUGGUCCGAGCCCAGGGCCAACUUGCCACACUUCUGGCCUCGGAGGCCCCCUGCCCCGAGGUGGAUGCGCUCCUCUGGCUGGCGGUGCCGGCCGGGCCGAUCCCCGUGGACGCGGCCCUUCGGCUACUGGCCGCCUGCAGCCCGCCGCUGGCCGACGCCGAUGAUGGGGAUCUUUUCUUCCAGCUGGACGCCCUCGGCUUCGACCGGUGGAACCGGCGCCUGGUUGAUGACCGCUGGACCGCCCGGCGGCUGUUGCUGCACGCGGUGGCCAGCGUCCUCGGGACACACCAUCGCGCGACGGUCGGCCUGCCCGGCCCCCUGCGCCUUGCCGGUGGCGCUUCGAUCGAUUGGGCCGAUGCCGGCUUGGCCCCCGGCUGGCGGAUCUAUCAGCCGGCUCUCGACCGAGCCCUGCGCCACUUCUGCGAUGUCCUGGCGGCCCCGGUGCUGGCAGCCACCACACCUCCGCAUGCUCUGCACCAGCAGGCGGCCCUGGUGGCAGCGGCCUCGGCCGCGGCGGCCGCCGCCGCCGGCUCCACUUCCAACGCGGCCGACACAGCCAGUGGCCUCCUCUCCUCGGCCAGCUCGAUGUACAGCUCCGCUGGCGGGUCCUUCCUGGCCGGUGGCGCUGCCACCAUGCACGGUGCUGGUGGGGAAUUCCCCCCCAGCCACAAGGUCCCCCCCGGCGGAGGGGCCCCCGAGGAGUCCACCCUCGCCGGUGAUGAGCCCACCCUGGAGCAUCUCCUCCGGUAUGCGGCAGGUCGGCGGGCCUUCGACCAGGACCUCCUCCGGCGAACAACCCUCCAAUGUACCGGCCGGCUGGCGGAGCUGCUCUUCGACCCUGGCCCAGCCGGGACCCCGGGGCUGCCGCUGUGUGGUCGGCGCUACGCCCGGAUGGACAUCAUCCCCACCGGGCCCGGUUCGGACAUGGCCGCCACCACUGGCCUCUAUGAUGAUGCCACGGCCCCGUUGGCCGAGUGGGCCCUCAAUGCCAGCCUUGGCAUUUUGCGCCAGGCCGGCAUGACCCUGCCGACCCCGUUCUCCAGCAUGCUUUUCACGCCGGGCAUCGUGUCUUCCCUGCAGGAGCUCCAGCGCCUGGAGGCCCAUCCCCCCGGGGGGGCGGGCGCCGCCCCGGGGUCAUCGGCCGCCGUGAGCCUCUUCGGCCCGUCGCCCCCGCCUGGGGGGGAGUAUGUCGACCGAAAUGUGUCGGUGUCUGGGGCCCCGGCGGCCGCGGCCUCGGCGGCCUUCGGAUCCGGCGCCUCCCCCGGCCCGGCCCGGUUGCUGGUCAGCCUGGAUGAUGCGGAGGCCCUUGGCUGGCUGCUGCGCAUCCUGCUGGCAGCCCUGCGCCGGACCGACCUGAGCCUGGACCAGCCGGGCAGCCAGCUUACCAAGACAGCUGGCAUCUUCCGCGAGCUGGCCGCCGUAUUGGACCGCGGCCUGCGCCAUGCCCACCGCGGGGUGCAGCAAUCCAUCCUCGAGGGCAGCCUGGCCUUGCUGUUGGACGCGGCCAGCUUCCUGGGCCGGGCCCGUUGCAGUGAUGGCUGCCAAACUGACCUGCUGGAGUCCGUGUCCCUGGCCAGUCGAUGCCCGGCCGUGGCCGGCGGCGUGGUGGCCUGGUGGCUGGCCCCGCUGCUGAGCCUGCAUUGCCGGCGGGAGGUGGGGGCCCUGCUCGGGGCCACCUUGGCCUCGGCCCGGUCUGACGGCGCCGCUCCCAGCCUGUGCGAUGCUUUUGUGGGGCUGUCCCUACGGGCCACCUCCCUGGCCCUGGCUCUGGUGCCGGAGGCCUUCCGCGCGCCGGGGGCCAUUGGCCUGUCGCCAUAUGCCGGGCUUGGAGCCGGGGCCGUGGAGUCUCUGGCCAAGCAGCUGUACGACCUGGCCGCCUGGGCCUGCAGCAGUGCCGGUGUCCAGUCGGCCCCCAUGCGCCGGGGUCUCCUGCGACAUGCCUUCGACUCGCUGGCCUUCCUGAGCAUGGCCCGCUCACCAACGGUCCUGCAGUUGAUCAAGUUCCAUGCCCAGCGUUGUGCCACGCUCCUGACGGCCCUGAAUUCGGAACCCCUGGCGGCCACCUCGGCCGCCGUUGCCCCCUCCUCGGCUCGUGGCCCGACGGGCCACAAUGCCUGCCUGACAUUGGCCCCGCGCGAGGCCCUGCGCUUCCUGGCCUGUCACUUGCGUUUCCUCACCUGCACCGAGGACCUGAGCGAGGUCCACCUGUCGGCCAUGGAGAAGGUUUUGGUGCUGCUGAAGCAUCUGCCCACGUUGCCGGUCCCGGCACGCGAGCACCUGGCCGCGGCCUUGCCCUACCUGCUCACCGGAUCCGUGGCCGUGGGGGACCUCCACCGGUCGGUGGAUGUGGACCUGCUGAGCAUGACGGAUCCCUUCCGCGCGCGAGGCAUCGUCUCCUGGCUGCCCACCUCCCAGGCUCUGGCCACCGUGGUAUCGUACAUGUCACGGCAUACGCUCGUCCUGCCGACCCCCAGCCCGUCCACCAUGGCCAGCACUUCGGCCCCCUCCGGGCCCGGCUCCGAUGACACCAGCACCACCUAUUCGGCGCAAUAUGUACGAGCCGAGGCGUGCCGUUUGCUGUUCGACACUUGCGACCUGCUGCGACUGCGCAAUGCCCAUCCGGCGGCGCAGAUGCAGCCACUGCGCGACCUGGCCCUGGACUUCCGCCUUCAGGGAUACUGGCUGUGUCGGUCGGCCGGCGGAUCGGAGGCUGGGGCCUUCGAGCUGGCGGGACCCGGUGCCGGCAUCGCCGCCCCGGCCGCACCACUGCGCAUUACCGACAUCUGGCCCCUGGGCGCCUUUGACUCGACCCAGCCCCCGGCUGAGCAGCUGUACGGCCGCUUGCCGAAGUUCGGCCCCUUGCCGGUGACCCUGCGCGCGCACACGGCCGAGGGCAAGACCCUGCCGGUCGGGGCCGCUGGGGCCGGGGCCGCGGGCGCCAGUCACAGCCCCGAUGUGGCGGCACACAUCUUCAAUUUCAUCAUCUCCGCCCAGGAGACCCUGACCCAGGCGGCCACCGGGCCGGCGGGACCGGCCGACAUCCAGUGGCGCGUGAGUGCCGCACUCGCGGCCACCGUGGAGACCACCUCGGCGACGGCCAUCUGCGCCGAGCCGGCCGCCGCACCGCCGGCGGUCGACCGCCCACGCCGGGUACAUACGACCGGCGAGGGGCUUCGCGCGCGGCGGGCUUUCCUCCUGGCGGCCCUGAAUGGGCAGCACUUCUUUGGCCAGGUCCCGGAAAGUGUUCCCGCGUCGGUGACCGCCGCCCUUGCUCAAAGCCGUGACAGUCGCCUGCGCUGA